AAAGCUAAGGGCAUUUUGGUCAAUACGUUCAUGGAGCUGGAAUCACAUGCUCUCGAGUCCAUUCUACUGGAUGGUAACAUCCCUCCGGUGUAUCCCGUGGGGCCUAUACUCAAUUUACAACAACAGCAAGAGGCUGGACCCGCCGGAAUCAUGACGUGGCUCGACGAGCAGCCUCCUUUAUCGGCUGUGUUCUUAUGCUUCGGAAGCAUGGGAAGUUUUGGUCCCGAUCAAGUAAAAGAGAUUGCACGAGCCCUAGAGCGUAGUGGGUAUAGGUUCCUAUGGUCCUUGCGCCGACCGCCAUCAAAGGAGAUCGGUGCAAUGAUCAGUGAAUAUGUCGAUCUACAAGAAGUCUUGCCAGAAGGAUUCUUGGAUCGGACCAUUCAUACAGGCAAGGUGAUUGGAUGGGCUCCGCAAGUAGCGAUCCUGUCCCACCCAGCAAUUGGUGGGUUCGUCUCACACUGUGGAUGGAACUCCACGUUAGAGAGUGUGUGGUGCGGGGUUCCGAUUGCCACUUGGCCGAUGUACGCAGAGCAACAGAUUAAUGCCUUUCAAAGAGAGAGAGAGAGAGAGAGAGAGAGAGAGCGUUCUCCUAUUGCUCAACUCCUACCUCAGUGGUAUCAAUUAGAAUGGAAUCUCUUAGGUAUCCAAUAUUUUAUCUACGCGAAACAUAACUCAUAA